CCGUCUUCUGCUGCUCCACUUUUCAGUAAAUGUGUUCUCUGAAAGUUCAUGUUGUUGUUUAGAAAUGUAUUUAUAUUUUUUAUCAGGCGGUCUUAAACUGAACAGGGAACUCUAAGAUGGUCAGUGACCCGGGGCGCUGGGUAGCAUAGCGGUUCUGUUGCAUGCCUCAUGUCCAGAAGUGGAUGUUUAAGUGUUUCCAUGGUAACGUGUUCAUCCAUACUGAGCUGUUUGUUUCCAGUUGAGGAAGAUUGUUUUCUUGGCGACAGUGAGCGCGAUGAGUAGUUUGUGUUUUUUUGGUCGUUGGGAGGUGUGAUUGAAAAUGUGUUACCGAGAAUGCGUAGUGAUGGGGGAGUGGAACCGGGCAGUUUAUUUGUGACUUGUGUCCAGAAUGUCUGAAUGGGGGAUGGGCAGAAGUCAUCCAAGGUUGUUAGGGGGGCUGGGCUUAAUGAACAGUUAUUGGAGCGGUAAAGUGAAACCCUGAAGUGUGAGUUCUGUGGUUAAUCUUAUACUGAAUCAGUUGGAGUUUCUGUUUGUCACUGAGAAGGUGUUGUUGCAGAUUAUAUUCCAGGUUUCAUGGUCUGUUGUUGUGGAUAAAUCUUUUGGCUGUGUGUUUAAGAGUUUGAGGUUUGUGUCUGCUCGUGGUGAUUUGUCGCUGUCGUCUUGUUUGAGGUUAAACUUCUGUGUUUGAUUGGAUUUGAAGAUAUUGGAAGUGAGAUUUAUUCUUAUAUUGUACUUUUGAGUUAAUUCUUUGAAGGGGAUGAAGGUUAAGUCUUGAAUGAUGUGGUGAAGCUGGGGGAUGUCUUGGUCCUUCCCAUCGGUGAGAUUCAGUGUUUUGUGGUUUUGAUGAACGUCUGGGUUGUUCCAUGUUGGUGUGUUCUUACAGGGUGUGGGUGUUGUGAUCAUUACUUUGUGAGUUUUCCACCACUCUGUUAGGGCUGUAGCGAUGAUAUGAUUUUGAUAAAUGGUAGGAUUGAUAUGAGUAUAUAUUUUCCUUGUUGCUGUUCUAUGUGUAGCCAUGGCCUGGAUUGUUCUGUGGGGUGUAUCCAUCUGGUUAUGAUUUGUAACAGGAAGUAGUUGGUGCAUCCAGUCGUCUGGUAUGUUUUGGUGUUUGAAGUGUUAUCUUAUAGUAUCAGUGGUGGAGGGAAUGGGUGGUGGUAGGGCUGCUCUUUACAGAGAUUGGAGUAGUGUCGGCUUAGUCCAGUUUAUUGAAUAGUUUCAGAUUUUGGAAUGUUUUUGAUUCAUUGUUUCUUGAAGUGAGGUUUGUGGAGUCUGUAGGUAAAGUAUGAUGUCGUCAGCAUAAAGAGUUAUCUUGUGUGUUAUGUUUGACUGCUGCAGCGAGUGGUUCCAUGUAGAGUAGAGAGAGAGAGUCGACAUCCUCGUCUUGUUCUCCUGUGCUGAAUCUUGAUGACAUCACACUGUUGCUCUCGGUGAGUUCUUUAGUGUUUUGACUCAGGUGAUCCUGAUUUGUUUCUGUAUUCAAAGUUCUUGUGUUUGAGUUGUUGGAUUAGAAAUUAUGUUUUUUAGGGGUAGGGUGCAAACUUUGGGAGCUGGUGUGUCAUUAGCAUCUGUUUUUUUACUGUCCUGAUUCAGUAAAGCAUGCUGACUCCUGAUUGGUCAAUACAGCUCGGCCGACAAAUGUCCUUUAAACUGAAACCAGAACACGUUACCUACUGAAAAUCCAGACCCCGAGAGAUCACACGCAGGUAGAGAUUACUCAUAAUGUAAUUCUCACUUUAAAGAUCAGAUUUUGUGAGUCAGACGGAGAUCUCACUGUCAGGAGAAACCUGAUCCAUGGAUCCAGAGCUUCAUGUCAACAUACUGUACGGUCAAAUGACCACAGCUGAAUCUAAGGUUUAAUAAAGUACAGAUCUGUGAUGUCAGGACCUCUCUGUUCUAUAAGCCUCUCUCUCUCUCUGUUUCUGUCUCGUCCUCGGGGACUCGGGUAGUGAUUCGGUCUUUCCUCUGAAAUAGAGGAACUGAAACGUCUGUUCAGCACUCUGCACUCAUUUCACAAAUCCUCCCUUUUGCAUCUCAUCCUCCGGGUCUCACCGCUCUCUGUCCUCAGAGGGUUUUUUUCAGGGUUUGUGUCAUUAACAUCGGAGGAGCGUGGCUCAGCAGCCACUUUUCAGACAUGGCCAAGAAGGACUGUCCAGUGGGUGAAAAGUGGGACCUCCUCGUCAAACACUGCAUCUCCAGCAGGACCAUAAACAGACCUAAACCUACCGAGUGGCCCACAGAGCCGCCCCUGCCUCCCGUGGUCCAGGUGAAAUCCACGUCUCCUGCCCCUCAGUUAUCCUCCAUGAUGUUCCUGAGUCCGGCUCUGUGGAUCUGUGUGGGUCUGGGGACGGUGGUGACCAUCCUGAUCGUGACUCUGUUCUUCAUUUACAGAAAACACACCAGGACGAGCAGAACCCCGGACGACUCUGAGAAGCAGCGUGAGCCGGUGGUUCUCCCCUCGCAGCCGCCCUGCAGCGCUCACCUGCACCCGGGCGCCCAAACAGGAUGGGAGUGGGAGGAGGACUUCACCACCUGUCGGUGCCCCCCAAUGCAUGCUGGGACGCGGGUGGAGAGAGGACUGGAGCACAGAGUCCCCCUCCCUGCCACGGAGCUGGGUGGGACGGUGUUAGUCACCACCAAAACUGUGUAGAUGUGUGUGUGUGUGUGUGUGUGUGUGUGUGUUCUUCACUGCAUGCACUCUACACUUCGUGGUUAGUUUUUCUCAUUUUGAUUCACAUUUUGGAUCUCUUUAUUCUCCACCAUAUUUUGAUGGUUUUCACAGAAGUUCUGAAGCGGACUUUUAUCCGUUUGUUUUCUUGAACUCUGUUUAGAGAACAAGCUCGUUUCCUCUCAGAUGUUAAACACAGACAUGUAUCAGGAAGUUGACUCGUGUGAGAGACUGCGCCUGGAUCAGGAGCGGUAGAGUCAUUGUGGUGACUCCACACACUGGAGGAUUGUUUGGACACAUAAUCAGUUUUGACAUACCUCAUGUAGCCAGUCUUAGUUUACUCGAGAAGGCGUGAAAAUAAAACAUGGAUGCAUGUUCACUUCAGACUUCUGAACAUUUUAGAUCAUAUUUGAAUUGUUUUUUUGCAGCCGUCUUUUUUAAGAGGUCGCUGCACUGUUUUUCAAAGGAGCAGAGAUGUGGAGUCUCCUAGUGUGUUCAGUUUCCUGUUCUUUACUGUGAAGUGUUAUUAAAAGUUUAAACUGCUCUGAA